AAAGUUGCUCAAUGUUAAUGUUUGACAAGUAGGAAGAAGGGCCUUGGCUGCCAUAUCUCUCACUUAGACAACACAACCACACUCUUUCAGUUCUCCUUCUACAUAAGAGGUUGUUUGCUGCUCUGUACAGGAAUUACAUAUUCAAAUCCGAGGGAAAACGAAUGAAAGAUACAAUGGAGGUGCUGGUGCUUAUCGACUUUGAGGGCACCAUGAGUGACGAGAUCACAGUGAAGACGGGGGAUGUGGUCAAAAACGUCACCAAGGCCAGCGAGGAAGGAUGGCUGCAGGGGGAGCUUAGAGGGAAAAGAGGAAUCUUCCCCGCCAACUUUGUCAAGGAGGUGCCAGUCUACUUGAUGGGGGACAGCAAGAGGGAACCACGAAGCAUCAGACAAACUAAAAAGAUGAAACAGGCGAGGAUAUGCGAGGUAGCGUUUGCCUACAGUCCCAUGAAUGAAGACGAGCUGGAGCUGGUCGCUGGCGAGACCAUAGAGAUCAUCAGAGAGAUUGAAGAUGGCUGGUGGAUGGGGCUGAAAAAUGGAAGAGUGGGAGCAUUUCCAUCAAACUUUGUCAACGAAGUUUUUGUCAUCCCUAAAGAUGGAAAGCACAAUGAGGGCAAAACAAGACCCAAACUCACUGAUGCUAUGUUCACUAAGGCGAGAGCAAGUGUAAGGAACAAAGCGAAAAACUCUUCGGAGUGUUGCCAAGUCAUGUUUGACUAUAAGGCCAAAGCAGAGGAUGAAUUGGAUCUGAAAAAAGGAGAUGUUGUUGUGCUACUGAACAAGGAAACAGAAGAUGAAGGCUGGUGGGAGGGAGAGCUAAACGGGCGUUGUGGCUUCUUUCCUGAUAACUUUGUCAUGGUGAUACCACCAAUGGACAGUCUGCAAUCUGGGAACACAAGCCAACCGCCUGCACGCACCGCCAGCAAGAAACUCCCAGGGAAGACAGAGGCUUCAGCAAUGGACAAAGGUGGUCCAGCAAAGACGAAAGAUGAUAAACCAGAGCCCAAGGAUCUGAGAAGCCAUCCUCCAACCAAAGUCAAGCUUCCAUCCAUCAAUAAGCCCAGUCCGCCUCCAAUCAAAGAAAAACCUAACAAGGUUUUACCAAAAACCAAUGGUGAUGUGGUCCCUGUUUCACCAAAAAAGACGGAGGAGAAGGAGGAUGACCAGUUCGAUGGAGUGGACGUGCAGACUGAAAAGCUGACUCAUCCCACAGCCAACAGAGCCAAACCUCCUCAGAGGAGACCACCGUCAGGCCUGGUCACAGCAGUGCAAAGUGCCACGGAGCAGACGGAACCUGAAGUAUCACCAAAAAAGUUCCAAACAGAGAAACUGUCUGACCUGCAAAAGGGUACAGGUAAUCUCCUGCCAUCCCCUCCAAAGCCUGAGCAUCCACCCAGGACACCACCCCCAACUCGACCAGCACCACCCAAAGUACUUGUGGACAGCAAAACUGUGACCAUUCAAGAAGAACCAACUGUGAAAAGCCUGCAGGCUGAAAUCAAAGAGCUGAAGAUGGCCUUGGAGCUGUUUCAGACACGGCAUGAGCGAGACAUGCAGGAAGUGAAAGAAGAACUGAGGGAAGAAAGAAGCAAACGCCUGGCGCUUCAGGAAGAAGUGCAAAGUUUGAAGAUGAAGCAUUAAUCUCAACACAGACGCUGAUUGAGCUGCUUGUCUUCUGACCUUGCAGGACCCUUGGACUGCAAAUUUUUUAACAAGAUCAACAUUUUUCUGAAAUCGUGUGAAACUGAGGAGGGAGAAAGACACUCCUCACUGAUGGCAAACAAGUGAGGGCUAUUUUAGAAAGUGUAGCGGGAUGAAGCUAAUCCUGCAUCGGACCAGAGAACCUCCAAAAGACUUUAAAAUAACAUGCUGUUAAACUAUUGUUUAUUUAACUACUGGAAAUCACAAAUACUGGUCCUAAGUGGGUGAUGCCUGGCAGCAAAUUAUGUUUUACACUGUUCUGUUUCAACUGUCACCUUGACUACUUUUACUGUAGAUUUUUUUUAUUGCAAAGUUUUAUCAGCAGAAUUUGUAAUAUAUGAAGACGUACAUAGGUGGAAAUAUUGUGAUGACUUUUGCAAAGAGAUAGAAAAUUAUUUUACAUCAUCCUAAGGGGUAUUGUUACCUGAAUGUCAAAGAGUGAAAUACUACUGUCAAAAACAUGGACUAAUACAGGUUAAUUUAUGCACCACA